CCCCAUGCCGUCAGCUCCCAAACACCCACCCACACACAACUAUAAAUCUUGCACAACCAGGCCCAGCCCAGCCCAGCCGGCGCCCCACCCUCCUCGAUCGACUUGCAGCAGUCUUCUCCUUCCCUUCCUUUUUUUUUUUUUCCUUCUUCCACAUAAAAGUAUGGCAGCUCAAUCCUCCUCAACUGUCAUCCAAAUCCCCCCUUCCCCGCCGCCCGCCGCAUCCGCCGAAUCCGAGCUGAAGGAGCUCUCCGACAUCCGCAGCCCCCUCCCGGGCACGCCGCAGCGCCAACAGAAGCCCCCUGCCGCCGCCGCCGCCGCCGCCGCUGCCGGCAUGCACGUAUCGUCAACUACUACCAAUCCCGCCCCUCUCGUGAUCGACCGUACGCUGGCGAGCGUGGCCAACCUCGCAAAGCUCCUCCCGACCGGCACCGUCCUCGCCUUCCAGGCGCUCUCCCCCUCCUUCGCCAACCACGGCGCCUGCUACCCCUCGAACAAGUUCCUCACCUCCCUCCUCCUCUACUUCUGCGCCGCCUCCUGCAUCUUCUUCUCCUUCACCGACAGCCUCCGCGGCCGCGACGGCAAGCUCUACUACGGCAUGGCCACCUUCCGCGGCUUCUACGUGUUCAACUACUCCGGCGGCGACGACGACGACGACGACGACCGCGAGUUCGUCUUCAAGGAUCUGCGGCGGCUGCGCAUCCGGCUCAUCGACUACGUCCACGCCUUCUUCUCCGCGGUCGUGUUCCUCACGGUGGCGUUCAGCGACGCCGACGUGCAGAACUGCUUCUUCCCGAAGGCCGGGCCCGACGCGCGGGAGCUGCUCGUGAACCUGCCGCUCGGCGCCGGAUUCCUCUCCAGCGUCAUCUUCAUGGUCUUCCCCACCACCCGGAAGAGCAUCGGCUACACCGAUUCGACGGCGCCCGCGGCCGCGCAUUCGCAGUGACUACACACACAUGCAUCCAGCUUAUUGAAGAUGAAUUCAUGUAUAGUAGUGAUUAUAUAUCGGCUAGCAUAUAUAGAAAAUGAUAGCUAGCCAUGAUUCAUUUCAUUUAAUUUAGGAGGAGGAGGAGGUUGAUUUUGAAUUUUUCAAAUUCGACAUUCAAAAAUAUUGUUUUAUUCUAGUUUCUUAUAAUUGAUAUAGCAAGUGAUUCGGUAAAUGAUUGGAUUGAAAUAUAGGAUUAAAAAGGUCAGACGUGAAACUGAGAUACGGAUAUGAUAUGAUACGGAUGCAGUGAUACAGUAAUAUCUAAAAUCUAAAAAAUUUGAAUAAAAUAUUAGGCCAAAAAAAAAAUCGGCCAUGCUCCCU